GUCCUCCCUUGAAAGUAAAUGAGCAUCCAUCCCGGAUCCCGCGAUGUUCCUGAGUAACGCAUGAAAGUGGGAGACAAAAUAGAAAGAUGAGUAACGUGGUAAAAACGCUGACGAAGAAGAAGGAGGUGGACUCCAUUAUCAGAGAUACCAUCGACAAACUUCUCGUCCUCCGCUUCGGUCGUUCUUCCGACCCCGCUUGCCUCCAACUCGACGACAUCUUGGCGAAAUCGUCUCAUGAUGUCUCCAAAUUUGCUAGUAUUGCAUUGGUUGAUAUUGAUUCAGAGGAUGUGCAGGUGUAUGUCAAGUACUUUGACAUCACACUAAUACCUUCUACUAUCUUUUUCUUUAAUGCACACCAUAUGAAGAUGGAUUCUGGGACUGCAGAUCACACUAAAUGGAUAGGAGCAUUUCACAAAAAACAAGAUUUUAUUGAUGUCGUCGAGGCUAUUUAUAGAGGAGCGAUGAAGGGCAAACUGAUUGUGACCUGUCCUUUGCCUCCAGAAAAAAUACCGAAAUUCCAAUUGCUAUACAAGGAUGUAUAAAAGGUAAAUCGGUAAUUUUGGCCCUCUUUCUUAUUGGAAGAGGAUUUGAUAGUGUAAUCGCUGUUGGGAAUGGAAUUGAGUACCCCAUAAUUUAAUCACGAGCCAAUUAAAUUCAAGUCAUUAUGUGGGAUGCUUUUGGCCUUUUCUGGACAAUAUUUAGUUCCAAGAAGCAGGCAUGCACUUGGUAGCCCACUGAAAUUGAUCCCGGAAGUCUGCUCUUAUACCUGGGUGCUCUUUGCUGACGUUUAGUUCUGGCACAGCCUGAGUAACUUGUUGAGUUAAUGUACUGUAGAAAUUAAUAAAUCAUCUGCUUUCAUAUUUUAUUAUUGAUGUUAACUUCGGCCGAAUUUAGGGCCAUUGUCAUAGAUGGAUUUGCUUGGGAGGGGGAGGGGGAGGGGGGUUCACUUUUCUUCCUUGUUCAACCACCUUUUGAUGGCUGAUUCCUGCAUAUUGCUCUUUUGCCUUCAGCUGAGAGAUCUUUUUUAUAUUUGACAAAAUGAGAGAUAAUGACUCCUGUUACAUGUCGAUCUUUAAGAUAUCUAUCUCUCCAUCUUUCCGAAUACCAAAUGGUCUCUGUUUCCUCAGGACAUCAAGUAACUCUUCAAGUAAAAGUUGGUUUAAAUCUUCACUUUUGUCUUUUAUGUCUGGUGCAAGCUUCCAGCCUUCCACUUUGUUGCUACAUAUUUCAUUUCAUUUUUACAAGCUAAACCAAACUUCUGUUAUAUUUCUCUUAUCUGAUCAAGCCUCUCUUUUGGUGAUUAACAGAUGACAGUUGCCAAUUAAAACUCCUUUUAAAGUGUUCAAACUUAGCUAAAGGUAAGAUAUAACAUGAUAGCAGACUAUUUCGGUUCUAUUGAUUAAAGAACUUCGUUCAUGUGCAACCAAAAACUCCAGAUUGUGGACAAAAGUAUAUCUGUCUCUUGUCUUUGACCUCUUUUCAUUAGGUAGUUUGUGAUAAUUUGGACCAGCUCCAGAUUCCCUGUCCGAAUUCUCAGAUCUCUGCAUCUCUAAACAUGCUUGGUCACCUAGCACUCUCUGAAUAAAUGAUUAUGUUUCCUCCGAGAGCCUCAAUGAACUACGAUAUAUCUUUUCCUCAGCUCUGCCUUUGAGGGGAUUGCACUAUUGAUAAUCUUCCAUACCAACAUCACACCGUUGGAGCCUAUUUCAGCUUCCAAAAUCUCUUCCAGUAUGAUACUAUGUAAUUGCUUAAUUGCCUUCUUACUUGCCUAUCUAGAGCAACCAUGCUUACCAUGACUUUGUGGUGUUCUCCCCCGAGGGGCUCUUGUCCACACUGAUGUAGGUACCGAGGAUUACCUUUUCCACAUUCCUUUCAAAAGACCUCCAUAUCAGUGAUUGGUUCCUAGUUUUGUUACUCCCUCCGUACCCAUUUAAAAGCCUCAUUUUCCUUGGACAGAUACAUUGAGAAGAUAAAUUUUGGUGGGGUAUUGUUGAUUAAAAAUGAAUAAAAAAAAUAAAAGUAGUGGAAAUAUUUUAUUGUCUUUAGGAGGAAAAGAGUGAGAAGAUAUGGCGGGGUUGGAAAUGAAUAAAAAUAUAAAAUACAAAGUAUAAAUUAGUGGAUGAUAGACCCCACCGAAAGGCGAAAUGGAGGCUUUUAAAUGGCGACUAGCAUUUGGGGGAGAAAUUAUAUUUUUAACAGGGACGGAGGGAACAUUUGACAUAAUGUUGGAAACUGGUAGUCAUUUGAUCCUCAUCUUACUAGGUAGACUUGAAUUGGAUCUUGUUGGAGUAAACCUAGUGUCUCUCUCAAUUUUGAGGGAGUAUUUGACAUAAGGUUGGAAAUUGUAGUCAGUUGAUCCUUAUCUUAGUAGGUUAAGGUAGACUUGAAUUGGAUCUUGUUGGAGUAAACCAAGUGUUUCUCAAUCUUUUUGCAAUUUCACCAUAAUAAAUUAACGAUUCACAAUUAUCAUUCUACUACAUGUAACAAAAGGAAGAAGUAAGUGAGCAAAAGGAGGACUUGAAAAAGGCAAGAGAAAAAAAAAAACCAGCACUGCCAUCUCCUCAUUUAGAAGUUGGAUCAAAGACACCUAACAUACGACUCUUUUAAAAAAAAAUAUUACUUGCUUUAGAAUUUAUUUUUUUUAUCAGUGUUAUAUUACUUUGUAUUGUUAUACCUUUUUUUUAAAAAAAAAAAAAUUACUUUGACUAAUUUGAUUAAAAUUUGGAUGAUACUCUUAUUACUUAAUUAGCACAUGUUUAGUUUCCUUUUUUACCCACAUACCCUUUUAAGUACAUAAAGUGACAUUUUUUAAUGCAUAAAAUUACCCACUUACUUUGAAUGUAGGUGCUUCCAAACAAAAGACAUAGACAUUUAGUUUUCCCUAUAAUUAAACAAAGUUACCUUUCUAACCACAAAAGUGACCAUUUUUAGUGCAUAAAGUGACCUUUUCAAUGCAUAAAGCUAUCCUUUUAGGUGCUUCCAAAUACAAGGCAUAUACAUUCAGUUUUCCAUAGAAUUAAAGGGUUACCCUUUUUACCCACAAAAGUUAACCUUUUUACCCACAAAAUUUACCCUUUUCAUGCAUAGAAGUCACCCUUUUAUAAACUAAAGUGACCCAUAAAAAAAGGGAAUUGAAACUUUUACCUGUAUGAAGUAACUCUUUUUACCUGCAACAAGUGACCUUUUUUAAGUGCAAGUUUGUCCCCUUUUAAUGCAUAAAUGCACAACUAAAAAGAAAGAUAUGUACAAAAUAACAUUUCAAAUUACUUAAUGUAUGCACGUACAUUCAAUUAAAAAAAAAAAAAAAACCCACCAAACACUAUACCAUAGAAGAUUUAAUUACAUCAUUGUACUUGAUGUAUGCACAUAUAUUAAGUAUUUAAAAAAACACUUUUACACCUAAUCACGAAAAAGUCAUUUCACUCUUCAGAAGGAGUGUAAUUCUUUUUUUUUUUUUUUUUUUUAACUUUUUAUCUUAGGGGUCUUUUUCAUCUGCCUCUUGUUCUUCUGUUUUCUUUUUUCUUUCCUCAACUUUUUUUUUUCUUCUUUUCAGCAAUUGCAGCUUUUAAUCUUACUACAAUUUCCUGUACAUAACCAACAUCUUUCUUUCUCUCUUUGAACUUGGCUAAUUCUGACAAAACAUUAGCCCUAGGUUCAUUCAUAUCACACAAUCCAAGUGUGGUACAGAUUUGUCCAUGCAAAAUUUUUCUUCCCGCAACCUCGCAACAGAGAAACUAAAAAAAAAACCUUUCAAUAUGAAUUUAAUAAAACGUCAGAAAGAGAAAACAAAAGACAAAUAGAUGAAUAAUUACUAUUUUGAGAUAAUUUAAUUUGAACGAUUCACCAACAAAAUGGAGCAUGUGAUAAAUGACAAAGACCCCACAAUCUAAGUUGUCAACCUUAUCCUUUCUCCAUUCCAACUCAAUAAUUUCAAAGCGAUAAAAAGGUAUCUGAGAACUCUUUGGCUGAUUUCUUUUGUCAAGAAAAGCAUCCAAUUUAUCACACUAAUAAAAAAAUAUAAAAGUUUAUAAUACAUUGAAUACAAAAAAAAAAAAAAAAAAAA